AUGCCUGCAUCUGCGGCAACGCCUCUUGAAAUCACCACAACGACACAGGCAUCGCGUGCCCAUAAACGCACGACUUUGCCCAUGGAAGUGGACAGCGAUAAUGACUUGCUCAGCAAGACCGCCGCUGGAGAGCUCGUCGCCUCAGAGGCAUGGCCGGCCUUGCGCGAUGAUAUCCUCGUGCGACUAGACAAGAUCGCACGCAACGAGUUCCCCAUACCCAAGCUGCCGCCUCCUGUGCCACGCCCACGGUUCUCGGACAAACGACUACUCUCUUCAACAUCUUCAUCGCCCGUCGAGCCGUUUUCCGACGCAAACAAGGAGAAUGCGCCACUCGACGAGCAACCGCCAUCCACGGCCAACACAGAACCAUCCGCACCCUCUCGGCAGGUGCCAUCGCAACCUUUGUCGCAAUCCCCGCCGCAGACUCAAGAGCCCAACGUCCUGCCGAAGCAGCUAGCAGACAUGGUCGACGAAAUCAAGAACCACAUUGGUAGCUUCAAAUCGUAUCCGCCUCAUACAAUCCAGAGAAUCGCCGAGCUCAUUCUGUACCCCCGCGCGCAUUACAAGGCUCUGCCGUCAUAUCUUCACGCGUUGGACAGGGUAGCGGCCGUGACCUCGGGGACAGACACAUACCCGCUACCGCCACCUAUUCCAGACAUGUCUUCGAUCCAGCUCAACGGAGACGAACCCAGUGAUCCUGCCAUGGCUGUCUCCUGGAGUAAUCCCACAGCAGUGGCAGUGGGCUCGGAUGAAGCCCUAGGAGGGGCGCUGCUAACGCCCAUUCCUUGGCUGAUCAGAAGGGGUACGCCGCCAGAGAGCGCCAGCGAGCCACCAGCCGGGGCACAGAUUCACAGCGAAAGCACCGAGACAAUCGAUGGACCUAAUGGGGUGGGCAGCAUCGAGACUGUCUCUGUCAGCAUCAACGGUGUAGCAUCCAUGGGACACUCUAGGGGGGUCACCCAAGGCGAGCUGCUUAGGCAGGAGCAGAGGGCCGGUAUCGUCCCCGUCAGCCAGCUCACCAAGUCCCACGAUAUGCUGAUCGAAGGCGGGCCUGCGUCGUCAGAUGAUCAUCCAAUGGACGACGACGAAGAAGAGGAGGAGGUUCCGCACGCCAGAGGGCCAGAUGAAAUUGGCGUCGGUGAUACGGGUCCUCAGUCGGAGACGACGAGUCUGGUUGGUGAGGAUGGUGUCGAGAUGCAGGGUAUCGACCUCGAAGCCGCAGUUGGGCGGAAACACGUGGACGAAAAUGACGAAAAGGACGUAUCCUCCACGGCAGAGCCUCAAGACGCGGAUAGCAAGUCCUCCCCGGAGCGGGCGAAGAGCCCCGGCGCUGAGAGUGUUAGCUCAAAGCGCGAAGCAGAAGACGAUCUUGAGGAGGAUGUCGUGGCGAAGAAAGUCAAGGAGGAGCCCAGUGGUGAUGGCGAUACCAAAAUGACAUCCGACGAGACGCCAGAUCCUGAAGAGCAGAAAAGAGGCGAUGGAAACAAGGAUGACGCUGCGGACAAGGAUAAUGGAAAGAUGGAGGCGUAAUAAUAUCAAUAUGCCGAGAUGCCAACAAGCUUCCAUGAGGCUGGGCAUUUGGAUAGAU